AUGACUGUGAACUCAGUCACCAGCUUGAUUUUGUCAUAUCCCACCCAACCCUUGGUUAAUCCUCCACCUGGAGCUCCCCCGCCUUCCCCCGUGCAGACCCCCCGCAAUAGUGUCAUGGAUUCUAUCGCUGAACCCUCCGCCUUACUGCUCCUCCCUCCACCAUCCUCCACGUCCGUUGAGCAGUUCAGAGUGAUCUAUGAGCCGAUCCUAACAAAUGUACUCUCGAAACUGUCUAGCGACCUCAAUGGUUCCAACCACAUAGCGAUCCUGGACAUCGCACUCUCCCUCCCCGGUCUCUUGUCACCAAAGUACUUGCCCCGGUCGAAAGUGUUCAAACCUCUGCAACACCUCGUGGCAAAUAUCUACAGCCUAAUUGGGGUUAUCGGCGUAAGGAAUGAUUUUCAGCUGGACGCAGCGGGAGGUAUCGACACGCGAGUGAUUCUGGUGGAUUCCGAUCUGUCCGCGGAUACAACGACCUCGGCAGUACCGACAGGCCCCAUUAUUAGCCUUCGGACGCUGGCGACAUCCACGCGACUAUGGGACCAUGUUUAUUACCCGGGAAAUCAAGUAGGUCAGAAGCUGGCAACAGACUUCAGUAGUGUUUACCCUCGGGUUGGGUCUCCCGGCGUCGGUGGCCUCCAGUCGAUCCCCAAGGUGCCAGAGUGGACGGCGUCGGAAUCCCUUCUCGCAUCCGAGGACCCCGAGGAUGACGCCAUCGCCCACUACUCGGUGGCUGUAGGAGGCACGUUCGACCAUCUCCAUAUCGGACACAAGCUCUUGCUCACCGCCACGGUCCUGGCCUUGCAGCCCAUCACGGAGGCCGACAAGGAGAGAGAGAGGGUGGUCACGGUCGGCAUGACUGGGGACGAGCUGUUGGUCAACAAGAAAUACGCCGACGUCCUGGAGAGCUGGGAGGAGCGAUGUAGGAGUACCGGAUCCUUCCUAUCAGCCAUCUUGGACUUUGGACCCCCGGAAAGCAGCUCGACCCGGACCGAAAUCGUAUCGCAGCUCGAGUCCCAUGGCAAAUACAUCCUCCUGAUGAUCCGGCCGCAAUUGACUCUGCGACUGGUGAAGAUAUCAGAUCCAUUUGGCCCGACCAUCACCGACGAGGAUAUUAGCGCCAUCGUCGUCUCCAAGGAGACUCGGUCCGGAGGGAUGGCGAUCAACGAGGAGCGGACCAAGAAAGGUUGGCGGAGUCUGGAAGUGUUCGAGAUUGAUGUCCUCGACACAGGGAACAUGUCAACCGGCGACGUCAAGGAUUUCGCAUCCAAGAUCAGCAGCACGGAUAUUAGACGGCGCCGAACGGAGAUGGCCCAGAAUCAGUAG